AUGUCGGCGAAAUCCAAUAUAAAGACCGCAGCCAACGAAGAUGAGGACGAAAAAAAGAGUCUGAAAAAGCAUUCCAAGCAAGCAUUCCAUCACCCAUCCACUCUGGACAGCAACAAGCAACCUAGUAAAACCGCCAGCCUACUUCGCAAAACGCAGUCGCAUUUCUUAGUGUCGUCUGAGAAACUGGACAAGGCCACGAAAAGGGUUAUAGCUCCGUACGCGCAGAUAGUGAGGAAAGGGUUAAAAGAAGAGAGGAAAGAAGGGACAUACUUGGAUAUAAAUAGGUUCAAUGUGUUUUUGGAAGAUAAAGUGGAUUUGGAUUCGCUGCUGUAUGAGACUGCUAUGGUGUUGAAGACUGUUACUAAUAGUUCUGGAGCGUUUGUGUACAUUGUGAAUAAAGUGAACAAUGAACUGGUACUGAUGCCAAAAAAUACGAAAAACCCAGCGAGACAUGAAGUAAACAUUCCUAUUGAAGAGGGCAAAAUGGCCGCAGCCCACGUGGCGUCGACCAAGGAAUACCUCGUGCUGGACGACGUGCAGCGCGACCGGCGCUUCUCCUCAGGGCUUCGCUGGAUUGAUGCCAAGACCGCGCUCGUGAUGCCCGUGCUGCAGCCGGACGGAGAUUUAUAUGCUGUGCUAGAGCUGUAUAGGACGUGUGCGGAGCCCUAUGAUCCGAACGUAGUCUACACAGUGCUGAGCGUGGCAUGCUGGGCGGGCGCGGCGGCGCACCAGGCCGCCGCGCGCGUCACGCUACAAAAGACCGGCCAUCUUAACGCGGAGCUGCGCGCUUUGCUCAACAGUUACUUCUGCAACUUGGCGUCGGUUGACACGAUGCUUACCGACAUGUUGGCUGUAGUGAAGUCCUUCAUGGGUGCCAUGCGGAGCAGUUUCUACAUCAUCAACCGCGAGCGCGCCGAGUUGACGGCCGACAUGUGGGACGACGGCUGGGCGGAGAACACUGCCAUGCCCCGCAAGAAGACUAAAAUCGACUUGAACGCCGAAAAGACCCCGGCAGGCCUAGUUGCACGGACCGGGGCUUCCCUCAACGUGCGAGACGCGUACAAGGACCCUCGAUUCACGAAGGAGGUGGACCCCACCACGGGUAUCGUCGUGCGAUCGUGCCUGGCUAUGCCGAUUAUGGAUAAAAAGGGAGUUAUUGGAGUUGUCCAACUGACCAACAAAAAGAACGCGAAACCGUUCGAAGCCGAAGACGAGGAGAUAUUCAAAGUAUUUGUCAGCUACUGCUCUCUCAUCGUGCAGUUCUACCACAUGCAUCAGGAGAAGAUCUACCAUGAAAACCUCAACCACGUGUACUGCGAUCUGAUGCACGUGCACCUGAAGCCGUGCCGACACGACUUCGACGAGCUCAUGGAGACCAACGGGAUAACGAUACCGCCGAACAACUUUAACACCUACGACUUUCAUAUAAGCGAGAUCAGCAAAGAAGACAUGCCCGGGCUCGCAUGCUACAUGUUCAGCGAAACAUUUAUGAAGCAGAACUUAUUCGACCGCACUCAAAUGGCGGACUUCGCGCUAACCGUGCUCGGGUGCUACCGGCCCAACCCUUACCAUAACGCAGAACAUGCGUUUUGCUUUACGCACACUAUGUAUAUGAUACUGCUGACGAAUCCGGGACACUUUGAUCCUGUUGAGACAGCGGCACUGCUCCUGUCCGGGCUAUGCCACGACCUGGACCACCCUGGAGUAAACAACAACUUCCUGGUGCUCAUCAACCACCCGCUCUCGCAGAUGUACAGGACCUCGCUGUUGGAAUACCACCAUUACUUCCUUGCCAAGAAGCUUAUUGAGGAUAAGAAAAUCUUAUCAAACCUACCACCAGCCGACCAGGAGCGCAUACUAGAGGAGAUCAAAUACGACAUUCUCUGCACGGACCUAGCCGUGUACUUCCAAGUGAGAGCCCAGCUCGCCAACAUAGUCGCCGAAGGAACCUUCGACUGGAAACUGUCCACACACAGGAACCUGCUAAAGGGAAUACUUAUGACGACAAGCGACCUCUCUGGAUGCUGCAAGCCGUUUGGUGUUGCUAAAGCUAUAACGGCAUGUAUAUACGAGGAGUUUUACAAUCAAGGUGACAAAGAGCGCGAAAUGGGCUACACGCCACUCAGCAUGAUGGACCGAAAGCGCUCCUUGAACCAGCCAGCUGAGCAGAUACAGUUCCUCUGCGUGGUGGUGAUGCCCUGUCUACUGUUACUUCAGCAUGUCUUCCCCAAUACAUCCCAGCUGGCUGAUAACUGCAGAUCGACCCAGGAAUCGUGGCACGAGGAGAUCGAGAUCCGCGGCCAGAAGUUGUGGAAACAGGACGACUCGCUCGUGAGCAUCGGACGCAAAAACAUCAAAUACACCCCGGAGUAGGUGGACGAUGGAAUAUGCACCUUACACU